AUGGUAGACAGCGAUACGAACUCUCCGACAUGGAAGUUCACGCAGUGCUUCGGCGACAAAGGCGAUGUGGAAGAUAUUACUGAAGCCGAUAUCAUCUCCACCGUCGAAUUCGACCAUACCGGCAACUACCUAGCAACGGGAGACAAGGGUGGACGUGUUGUACUUUUCGAACGGAAUGAGACAAAGAAGACAUGCGAAUACAAGUUCCACACAGAGUUCCAGUCCCACGAACCCGAGUUCGACUAUCUCAAGUCCCUGGAGAUCGAAGAGAAGAUCAACAAGAUCAAAUGGUGUCGUCGACAAAAUGCAUCCCAUUAUCUUCUGUCGACCAAUGACAAGACUAUCAAGCUAUGGAAAGUCUUCGAAAAGUCACUAAAGGUUGUCGCGGAGAACAACUUGUCGCACGACCUCACCCCAAGCAAUGUCGCCGGCGGCGGCGGCGCACCCAGAGCGCCGCCUCCAUCUCAGUUCAGAAACGCAACUGACCUCAAACUGCCCCGCCUCACCCACCAUGAUACUGUCGUCGCAGCCGUGCCGCGACGGACAUACGCCAACGCUCACGCGUAUCACAUCAACAGCAUAUCGGUGAACAGCGACGGCGAAACCUUCAUCAGCAGCGAUGAUCUUCGCAUCAACCUUUGGAAUCUCAAUAUCCAGGACCAAAGUUUUAACAUUGUCGACAUCAAGCCCGCAAACAUGGAAGAGCUUACGGAGGUCAUCACUGCCGCCGAGUUCCACCCCCAGAGCUGCAACUGGUUCAUGUAUGCGAGCUCGAAAGGCACUAUCAAGCUGGCUGACAUGCGCGAAAGUGCCUUGUGCGACCAGCAUGCAAAGUUGUUUGAGCAAGAAGAGGAUCCUUCAUCUAGGUCGUUCUUCUCCGAGAUUAUCUCAUCCAUCUCGGAUGUGCGAUUCUCCUUCGACGGACGCUACAUCCUUUCACGCGACUAUCUGACAGUCAAGAUCUGGGACAUAAACAUGGAACGACAACCUGUGAAGACAAUUCCGAUCCACGAACACCUGCGACCUCGCCUUUGCGACACAUAUGAAAAUGACAGCAUUUUCGACAAGUUUGAGGUCGUCUUUUCUGGCGAUGCCAAGAAUGUAAUGACAGGCAGUUACAACAACAACUUUAUGAUCUACCCUACGGAUCCCGAGAAGGAGGUUGAAGUCGUGUUGCAGGCCGACAAGUCAGCCUUCAAAGCGAAGAAGGUUGGCGUGCCAACACCGAUUAACGCAGCAACCAGCCCUACGUCGACAAACGGGAAAAAGAGCGGAUCGCGUGCUGGUAGCCCAGCUGCUGGGGCCCAGGGUCAGAGAAUGCGUAAGGAGACGGAUGCUGACCAAAUCGACUUCAACAAGAAAAUUCUGCAUAUGAGCUGGCAUCCUUUCGAGGAUAGUAUUGCCAUCGCAGCAACGAACAAUCUCUUCGUCUUUUCGGCCCUGUAA